AUGCAGACCAACGCGGAAAUUUCAGGCAUGAAGGAGAAUUGCGGCGGAGAGCAACACUUGGAAGGGAACUACAAAGUCUGCAAGGCGACUAAUGGCAUAUAUAACAACGAAAUGAAUCAUUACGAUGGACAUUACGAGGAAAAUUACGAUGUACAUUACGAUGAAAAUUUCGAUAGACAUUACGAUGAAAAUUUCGAUAGACAUUACGCUGGACAUUAUGAGGAAAAUUGUGAGGAAAAUUACAAAGAAAAUUACGGGGAAAAUUACGAACAACAAUACGAUGAACAGUACGAUGAGCAAUACGAAGAACAUUACCUAAGCGUGAGAGAAGAAAAUGACAACCCCAGGAAUCUAACACAGGAAUCGAACCACUCGUCAGACGAAAAUUAUUACCCAAACAGUUUGAACGAAAUGAAUAACUAUAACUCUGCCUUGUUAGCGGAUAAAGAUAACCAUGAAAAUUCUACCAAGAAUGAGUAUGAAAUGGACACCUUAGACAAUUACGUAUUAGCGAACGGAACGGAUAGCUAUGGAGCAAAACCGUACGACUGUGUCGUCACAGAAAACGGUAAGAGUGUCGUCAGUAUGAAUGGGACUGUAACGAAUCAGAGCAAAUUGAUGACCCCCAAAAAUUUCGGCUACGGAGUAAGUAUAGGGAAUAGCUCCUUGGGAAGCGUUGGAAUGGGCCAAAUGGGCGAUACCAAUCAUGCCGGUUUCAUCAACGGAGUGAGCCCCAUGGAAACGAUGAGCUUUAUCGGUAAUAUGGGCGUUGUGAACGGGAUGAGCGGGCUAAACGGUAUGCACAGAAUGAGCUGCAUCAGCGGAGAAAACGAGGCCAACGACGGAGGCAAACUUGGAGGCGCCCAAGCAACGAACAACUUCGCCCAGAAUGAAAAUCCGAACUUUAUGAACAACCACUUUUUAAGUAAGUCCAAAAUGUACAGCGGGGAAAGUAACCAUAUGGAUGAUCCAAAUGUCGAGGGGGGUCAUAUGGUAUCCAUGAAUGGACACAUGAGUGGACACAUGAAUAGUAACAGCGCGAAUGGGAUCAUCAGCACGAACUUUCAAACCUACGCACCGAUGUAUUAUGAAACGAAUACAGCUAGCCAGGAUAACAUGAAUAGCAAUCCCUACGAUGGGGACGGAAAUUAUUUGACAAACUACGCAAGAGACGAUAUGGCCAUGCGAGAUGGACCGCGAAACGAAUCGUUCAAGGAGAAUGAAGAAGAAAUUAUGAAUAACUCCGUGGAUGAUUAUUACGAGAAAGGCAAUGAGCAGCAUGGGUAUCUGCACCAAAGCCAGGAGGGCACUCCGGGGGAGAGCUACCUGCCCUAUAACACCGCGUCUUAUGGAUACAGCGACGCGCGGGGCAACAAUUUCAGCAACAGCAGCAGAAACAGCGGCAGCAACAACGGAAAUAACAACCGCAGUAAUAACAACUAUGCCGUCUCUCCAUACAUGAAUAAUGCCGAUGGUGGAUAUAUUGACGCUAACGGUGGCAGCUAUGCAUACGAAGUAGAUGCCAACAACGGGCUCUACAUGAACGGAUACAAUGGGAACUUGUGUGACACGUACGUCAAUGUCAUGAACGGCAUGGGAAGCAGCGUUAUCCGUGGAAACUUCAACGCAACUCCAGCAGCAACCAGAUCAAAGGCAUGA